CUGCCUCCUCUCAUUUUCCGCUCCACUACCUCUCUGGCGUCUCCUUCCCAGCAGUCGAGAAGCGCAUAGUCCACGUCCACCUGUUUCCUUCAUUCUCCCCCUCUCCCGUCUUCCCUAUUCAGUCUUCCUUUGCUCCCCUCUCCUCUCCACUCCUCCCCCGACGGACCAAAGAAAUCGGAAGCCCACCUGAGGGGCUUCUGAUUGGUCAUACUCAUAGCGAUGAUGGUGCCUGAUCUUAGUUUCUCAGCAUCAAUCUCUAAUGUGAAGCUCCCAAGGUAUGGGGCAUCAAAGAAUGAGAAAAUUUUGGUUAAGAGGCACCCAAAAUUCAGGGCAGAAGCUAGGCCGUCAGAAUCUGGAAAGUAUGGUACUAAUGGCCGGGCAAUUGAGUUGAGGAGGACCAGUGGUGGUGGCCUUGCAAUAUCAGAGACGGUCAAUGGUUCUCCAAAUGGCACUGUCAACGGCUCAACUAAGGCGCCAAUUAAUGGUCCUGCAAAGGCCAUUGUCAAUGGCUCAACCAAAGCUGUUACUAACGGUACUCUGAACAUUACUGUGAAUGGUACAAGUUUGGUGAAAGGGAGCAAGAUGUCCUCUCUUGUUAAAACACAGAAGCACACGGGAUUCAACAAUAAUCCCUUUCGAGAGGAACUGAAGGUUUUGCCUUCUGAUGAGGGAUUCAGCUGGGCGAAAGAUAAUUACAACUCUAUGCAGAGGAGCAUAGAUAUAUGGUCUUUUGUGCUUUCUUUUCGAGUCCGUGUGCUAUUUGACAAUGCAAAAUGGGCUUAUCCUGGUGGAUUCUCAGAAGAAAAGCAGAAAGUUCAACGACAGAAAACUGCUUCAUGGUUGAGAGAACAAGUAUUGCAGCUUGGCCCAACAUUUAUUAAGCUUGGACAGUUAUCCUCCACACGAUCUGAUUUAUUCCCAAGAGAAUUUGUCGACGAGCUUGCAAAAUUGCAGGAUAGAGUACCUGCAUUCUCUCCUGAGAAAGCAAAAGCUUUCAUAGAGAAGGAAAUGGGCUGUUCCAUUGAUGUUGUGUACAAAGAAUUUGAAGAGCGUCCAAUAGCGGCAGCAAGUCUUGGUCAGGUACAUCGUGCGGUGCUCCAUAAUGGUGAAAGAGUUGCAGUCAAAGUUCAGCGACCAGGGCUCAAAAAACUUUUUGACAUUGACCUAAGGAACUUAAAGCUAGUAGCCGAGUAUUUUCAAAGAAGUGAAACAUUCGGAGGCCCUUCAAGGGACUGGAUUGGUAUUUAUGAGGAAUGUUCCAAAAUUUUAUAUGAAGAAAUCGAUUACAUCAAUGAAGGAAAGAAUGCAGACAGGUUUCGACGGGAUUUCAGAAAUGUAAAGUGGGUUCGCGUGCCACUUAUCAUGUGGGACUACACAACUGAAAAGGUGUUAACCCUGGAGUAUGUUCCUGGUAUCAAAAUUAACAAUUUGGGUGUGCUUGACAGCCGGGGCUAUAGUCGCUCACUGAUUGCAUCGCGUGCAAUAGAAUCUUACCUAAUUCAGAUAUUGAAGACUGGAUUCUUCCAUGCUGAUCCUCAUCCUGGAAACCUUGCUGUAGAUAAGGAUGGUUCGUUAAUAUAUUAUGAUUUUGGAAUGAUGGGUGAAAUAAAAUCAUUCACUCGAGAGAGAUUGCUCUCCCUGUUCUAUUCUGUGUAUGAGAAGGACGCGAACAAGGUUAUGAAAGCUCUAAUUGACCUGGAAGCUCUACAGCCAACAGGAGAUCUCUCACCGGUUAGGAGGUCCAUUCAAUUUUUCUUGGACAAUCUGUUGAGCCAGACACCAGAUCAGCAACAGACUCUGGCUGCAAUUGGAGAGGACUUAUUUGCGAUAGCACAAGAUCAGCCUUUCCGGUUUCCAUCCACAUUUACAUUUGUUAUAAGGGCAUUCUCUACUCUUGAAGGGAUUGGAUAUAUAUUAGAUCCAGAUUUUUCCUUUGUCAAAGUUGCAGCGCCAUAUGCACAGGAACUGUUAGACUUGAAACAGAGACAACGGGGUGGACCUGAAUUAGUCCGGGAGAUAAGAAAGCAAGCAAAUGAUGCUCGUGAUUCUACCAUAUCAAUGCCCUACAGAAUACAGAGAAUUGAAGAUUUUGUAGGACAACUUGAGUCAGGAGAUCUGAAACUCAGGGUCAGAGUACUGGAGUCUGAACGAGCUGCUCGGAAAGCUACUGUGCUUCAGAUGGCCACCAUUUAUACAGCCUUGGGUGGUACUCUCUUGAAUGUUGGGGUCACAUUGAACAGUCAAGGGAACCAAAUAAUCGCAAACGGUUGUUUCAUUGGUGCAGGCAUAUUUUUAGCAUUGCUGAUCAGAUCUAUGCAAAGAGUGAAGAAACUUGACAAAUUCGAGACCAUGAUAUGAUCAUCUUGCAAAGACAUGCAACCGCAGGAUUUCCUGUCCCUGAGAUGGCAUGGCAUGACAAACUAAAGAGUAUUUUGUAGAGUUACAUGGGUAAUGCGCGCCCACUAAGGUCAUAGUAUAUACGAAGUGUAUAUAGGAAAUUUACAUUCUUUCUGGGAAACAACCUAUCUUUCACUUGCUCUUGUAAAUCUGUACAAACUGUGUCAUUAUUUAGCUGCUAAGGCUAAUCACACCGACCAGUCAAUAAAGCAAGGAAUUCAAGAUAAUUGUAAUGUUAUUUUGCACUAAAAUAUUUUGCAA